UGAGUGGACCGCAUCAGAGUUGUCUGGACUUGACAAUGUUCUUCCGCUGUAUCGUCCUAUUCGCAAGUUGCACCUUGCAGAUUGCCCUUGCAGAUGAAGACCCCAUAGUCAACGAGGCCGAUCGCUCGUUCUUGGAUACAUCGGAAAUCGCUUGCUAUGAAUGUAAUUCGGACAUCGACGGCCCGAUGUGCUACGAUCCGUCGAUGAUCACCAAAGAAGGACGAUUGUGCUCUCAGAAAACCGGCAAUGGAGGCGCAUGUGCGGUCAUCCGUCUGGAUAGCUCUCGUGAUCUUCUCACCAACGCGCAGCCCCGAGAGAUACAACGGAAAUGCGUCGAUGAUUGUCGCUCCGGGUGUGUCCCGAUGGGUUUCAACGGUGAGAAGCUAUUGUGCACUUCUUGCUGCAACUCCACAUUCUGCAACUUGAGCAACUCAAAUCCGCUCUCGGCCAGCAGUGAACCUCUCCUCAUCGCCUUCAUGGCCUCCGUCUUGUCCCUAUACACUCUCCUGAGCGCCUGGGGUCAAUGA